UGGCUCCUUCACCAACAACAGUUCCCGAGCCGACCGCGCACCAUGUCAACCACGCGACUGACCUUUCUGUAUCCGCACUUGUUCCGGACGUUACGACUGACCGAAGCCUCUACCCAGUCGACGCGGGCGUGUCGGAGACAAGCCGCUGAUGCGAGAGGACACGGGCAAUAUGCCGCAUUCUCGACAACUCCUGCGUCGCGACAGCCACCCAUCGUGGGGCGGCACGGCAAGGCUGUAGAGCCUGUACCGUUAGGAGACGAGUCGAUUUCGAAGCCUCCCCAACUGAGCUCGAGUGCAGAGACGCCGCCUUCCACGGGAAACCCCGACCAAGGGCGUGCUCAGACCACCGAAGGACCGGAGCCGAAACAAACCACAGAUGCCCCGCAGGGUGCCGGCAGUGGAGGCAGUAGAAGCUCCAAAUCCUCUACAUCUACCCCAGAGUCAGUUGAUAAGGGAAAAAAGGCCGCGUCGGAAGCGCGGGACGAGGUGAGGGCGGAGGCCAAGAAGAGCGGGCCGCUUGAGGCCAUGCUGCAUUCAAAAUCGGAGGAAGGGAACAAUACACCCAAGCACCCCCAUCUGUCUCCUCCGCCUUAUGUGCACCAUUUCGACAGCUAUUCUCUCGUCAAACAGUUGGAGAUCGGGGGUUAUACGCGGGAGCAGUCCAUCACGGCCAUGAAGGCGAUCCGCGGCCUCUUGGCGCAGAACCUGGACGUCGCGCAGGACAGCUUGGUUAGCAAGAGCGACGUUGAGAAUGAGACGUACCUAUUCCGUGCAGCGUGUUCGGAGCUCAGCACCGAGGUGAAGAACAACCGACGGAUUGCGGACGAGGAGAUGCGACGGCAACGGACACUACUGCAACACGAGGUCGACAUCCUGACCCAGUCGAUGAACCAGGAGCUCCUCACUCUCAACGAUAACGUCCGUGGGAUGUUCAACGACCGCAGGAUUGCUGUACGGGAGGAGCAAAAGGCGGUCGAGAGCACGAUCCAGCAAAUUAGCUACAAGAUCAGCAUCUCUUUGAGCAGCGACGCGAAGUCGGAGAUUGAGGGCUUGCGCUGGGUACUCAUCCGACGUUCUGUCAUUGGGAUACUUUUCAUGGCAGUCCUAACGCUCGGCGCGCUGCGAUACGGCACGUAUCUGAGCCAGGAGCAGAAGAAGGAGGCGGAGCGGUUGCGAAAGCAAGCAGAAUUGUUGAAGGCUGCCGACGCAAGGCGGGAUCAUGCCUCUGCGCCUGACGCAGCCGAGAUUCUAGCAGCGAGCUGAAAUGGAAAGUACCGGCAAGGCCAUGGUUUUUCAUUAGCAUCCGAAGAGACGCUUUCAUUGUAGUAUGUGUAUAGAGCAGCAGACAUUCAUACUUAGGUAGACUCAGGCAGAACGCCACAGACUUCCUUUCUUUCCUUUCUUCUUGUAUAAAAUGAGGUGGUUGUAUUAUGACUACUGCCUGGGACUUCGAACUUGCAGUAGCAUUGGGCUUGGUCUUGGGGAAGAAGGCCAGUGUAUGAGAAGAAUUGACGAAGACCGCCUUGGUAUGGAAAUCCAGC